AGCAGCAGGGAUGAGUUCGGAGAGUUGUGACGCAAAUUCUUGUUAUACAAACUUCUCAUUUAGAGAAGACUCCCUGAGCUACGGUAUGUUCAUGUGGCUAAUAUAAUGGGCUCCACUUUGUGAACUGCUGUGUCAAAUUGCCGCUUGAGGCUGUAAAAAAUAUUUUCUCUGUUGUGACAAAUAACAGCAGCCUUCUACAGACAUUCCCGAUGUCCUCCACUCACAAAGUUCCGUUUGAAAACCUCUUUCUCACCUCCAAAAACUGGAAGUUUCUGUUGUCUGAGCGGAGGGGAACUUCGCAGUUCGAGUGAUGAGAAUAUCCUCGAAUUUCAUAUCGGCUGCUCAGUUUAAUAGGAGUCACACAUCAACGCGGAUGUGGGUCACUUUUAAUGCCGUCCACCAACUGACUGGAUACGUUUAAAGCCCAUUAACUCUCCCGGUGUUGUAAUUAGAGAACCCCUGCUCACGGAUUGUGGACCAUUCCUCCGUUCCUCCACAUCCAGGCGAGGUGAGAGCGGCGCAGAGCACCAGACGGACCGGAGCGGGUUAGUGUGGGUACACGGAGGCGCGUCACACUCACGGACUCUGUACAUCGCAACUCCAACACAAAUGGAUAUUUACGUGGCUCUGUUAUCCCUUUUCUUUUUUACCACACCAGCUUUGGCUUUCGGUUCAGAUCAAGACUACCAGCUUGAUAUCAUCAAUGAACUUGACCUGGCAAAUGCCACCUAUGGAAUUACCCAAGUGGCGGGUCUUCACAACAGCAGCAAAGCCUUCCUUUUCCGAGAUGUUGGGAGAGCAGUUCACGCCCCAGCACACAUCACAGAAAAAGUGGUACAGCUGUUCAGGAGUAAAAGUGAGUUUACCUUCUUGGCCUCCAUCCAGCAGAAGUCCUCCACGUCAGGAGUCAUAUUCUCCAUCCACGAGUCAGAACACAGCUACUUCGAGCUGGAAAGCAGCGGGGUGAGAGAGGAGAUCCGCUAUCACUACCGCUUCAAAGGCAAGCCACGUUCUGAAUCCUUCCCCUACCGCCUCGCUGAUGGCCAGUGGCACAAGAUCGCCCUUACCAUCAGUGCCUCCCACCUGCUUCUGCACGUUGACUGUAACAGAAUUUAUGAGCGGGUGAUAGACCCUCCCCAGAUGGAGCUCACCCCAGGCAGUGGAGUGUGGCUUGGCCAGCAUAGCCACAGGCAUGGUCUGUUUAAGGGCAUUAUUCAGGAUGUGAAGCUGAUUUUUGCUCCCAACGGCUACAUCACACAGUGUCCAAACCUUAACCGUACCUGUCCCACCUGCAGUGAUUUUCUGAGCCUGGUGCAAGGCAUCAUGGACCUUCAGGAACUACUGGCUAAGAUGACCUUGAAGCUGAACUAUGCUGAGUCUAGGCUGACCCAGCUGGAAGGAUGUCAUUGCGAGAGGACCUGCAGUGCCAACGGUCUGGUCUACCGGGAUAAGGAGCUGUGGGUAGAACCUGAGAACUGCAGGAACUGUGCAUGCAAGAACGGUGUGGUCGAGUGUCGCAGGAUUUUCUGUCCUCUGGCAAACUGCUCAGAAGACUUGUUGCCUGUACAUGUGGAUGGAAAUUGCUGCAAGACAUGCAGACCAAAAUGUACCUACAUGGAACAGACAUUUUCUGAGGGACAGCGGUUUUUGUCCAGGAGCUGCCGGGAAUGCAAGAAUGGCCUAAUGGUGAAAGUCACAGAGACCUGUCCAGAUCUAAACUGCACCCUCAGUGAACAGAUCUUACCAGAUGGCAGAUGCUGCAAUGUUUGCAGAGGUUAUGACUUCUGCGCAGAGGGACUCAUUUGUGGGGAAAACUCAGAGUGUAAAAACAGGAAUACUAAAGCAGAGUGUGAAUGCAAGAGUGGCUAUGCCUCCAUCCACGGGGAUUCUACUUACUGUGAAGAUAUUGAUGAGUGCGCGACGCAGAUGCACUACUGCCAGUCCAACACGGUGUGCGUCAACCUGCCCGGCAGCCAUCGCUGUGACUGUCUACCAGGCUUCACCAGAGUGGACGAGUACUCUUGCACCGAGCAUGACGAGUGCGCCAGCAGCCAGGAUUUGUGUGAUGAGAACGCCAUCUGCACCAACACCAUCAGGGGACAUCUGUGUACCUGCAAGCCAGGCUAUGUGGGAAAUGGCACCAUCUGCAGAGCCUUCUGUGAGGAGGGAUGCCGAAGCGGCGGGACCUGUGUGUCUCCCAACACGUGUGUCUGUCCCUCGGGAUUCACGGGACACCGCUGUGAGACAGAUAUUGACGAGUGUUCAGAGGGCCUGAUUGAGUGCCACAACCACUCCCGCUGUGUCAACCUGCCUGGCUGGUACCACUGUGAAUGCAGAAGUGGUUUCCAUGACAAUGGAUCCUACCUGCUCGACGGGAGCUCCUGCAUCGACAUUGACGAGUGCAGUUUGCAGACACACACCUGCUGGAAUGACAGUGUGUGUGUGAACCUCCCAGGAGGCUAUGACUGUGUGUGCACAUCUGGUCCAGGCUGCAGUGGUGACUGCCCACAGGAAGAAGGAAUGAGACGCAAUGGAGAAGAUUGGAAACCCAGCUUUGAUCGCUGUGCUGUAUGCUCCUGCAAGGAUGGGCAGACGUACUGCAGGCGGAGACCUUGUGACUGUGGAGACCCAGAAGAGGAUCUGUUCUGCUGUCCUGGAUGUGACAACAGGCCCAGCAGCCAGUGUCUGGAUCAGAGCGGACGCACACUUUACCGCAGCGGAGCAUCUUGGCUGUACGGCUGCCAGCAGUGCCGCUGCAUGGAAGGGGAGGUCGACUGCUGGCCUCUAGUUUGCCCCACGUUGAUGUGCGAGUACACGGCAGUGGCAGAGGGCGAAUGUUGCCCACGCUGCGUCACAGACCCCUGCCUGGCUGACAACCUGUCGUAUGACAUUCGGCAGACAUGCAAGGACCCCGCAGGCAUCGCCCGCCUCAGCGGAGACACAUGGCAUAUGCCCAAAUCACCCUGCACCACUUGCAAGUGCAAGAAUGGAAGCGUUUGCUGCUCGGUGGAUCUCGACUGCCUUCAGAACAACUAAAGCCCUCCCUCCUCCUCCUCCACGUGCCGUCCUCUUCUUCUCCUUUCACUAUGGGACUGCCACAUCCCCUCAACCAUCUGACGACCCUUCCCCUCAGACAGACAGACAGACUCUCGCAUGCACAUGUGCAUGCCAGUGUGUGCACAAAAAAAGAAAAUUUGCAAACACACACUGGACAGACUGGGGUGUCGCGGCUGUGCUUUUAUGCUGUACCUCUGUCGACAAACAGCGACUGAGUGUGCGUGCGUGACUCAGGAGGAGACAGAGGCCCGAGUUGCUCUCACCACAGUCGCUGUGUUGUGUUUGUGUCUCUGUGUUCAAUUCCAUCCUUUCACGAAAUGUCUUGAAACCUUUUUAAAUGUCUCAAACCCGAAACCAGAGACAAACAGCCAGACGGAUGCUGAGGGGCUCCAUCUGUCUACAUUUGCUCAAACACGGGCUCUUUAAUGCUUGGUCGCCUACAGGAAACUAAACAUCCAUUACUUUGGUAACCAAAAGGAAUGCAUCCACUUUACUGUGUUUUGUGUUACUGAAUCAGGAGGUAGUUCAGUGUCAUAUUACAAUGUUAUGAUGAAAUGGGGUCAGUUUUCAUUUCAGUACCAGAUUUUUUGUGAGUAGCGUUUUUUUGUUUCUGUCACUGAUAUUGUCCAUAUUGUGCUAAAAACUUAGCAAUAGCUUUUGGAUGUCCUGAUUUGUGUGAAAUCCAAAUGAAUUUACAACAUGUUGACCUCACGUCCUGGUGUCAGCAUGAUUUCCAUCACUGAUAUUUCCCAAAUAGUUGUGGACUACAUUCUUCUUUGACAUUACAAAAGUCACAUCUUGAACACAUCGUAAUAUACAAACUUCCAUCUUUACAUUUUUUGAGUGGUUCUCUGGCAAAACAGGUAGAAGUAUAAACCAUGUCAGUGGUGCACAUUAGCUUUGCAUACAUCGUUAAUGUUUCAUCAAAACAUCUAGCUGGCCCUGGACCCAGAAACUGAAAUCUGCAAUAUUUGAGAGUCUAGAGCAGACUGAUAAUUUGACAAUCUAGAAACCUGUCAGCUAAUCAGGUGACGUAGAUUUGGGGCGUAACACCCAACAGAUAAAAUACGUCAAAAAAAUCAAUAAAUACAUUUUCAGAUGAUAGCCAGUAAUUCUGAUUCUUAACUCAGAUGCAAGUACAACCUACUACAAGCUGAAGCCAGAAAAACUGUCCCUUGCCUACGGACUCUGAUAGGCAGGUAUGUGUUUACAGAGAUUAUGUAUUAAUUUAUUAUUCUCUGACACCAUCAGUCCCAUUUUAAAGGAUUUUCCAGAAAUAGCCAUGACAUGCAGUGUACCACAAUAACGUUGACUCGCUUUUGAGCGUGGCUGCUUGGAACAGGUAUUUAUUACUGCUGGUAGAUGUAGCUGGAAAACAGUCCUGCUUUCAGUCAUCAAACCCUAUAAAUGCCACAUCUAUAUUAAACCGCAUCCCUGAGGCUCUGAACUGGGACAGACAACAUGUCUGUCCUUCUGAGCCACUUCAGUUUUCUAACACUCCCUCAACCACAGCAUCUCGUCUUCAAAUGAGGAUGACUGCCAGAUGCCUACACUUAACAACGGCAGUCAGGGUAUGAAAAGCAUCUGAAAGGUGUGUGGCGAUGCACAGUGGAUUCCUGCAGGCCAGAAUGAGUGCCAGCCAUAGUCAUUGAUUAAAUCUGAGCUCGUGGAGGGUUGGACUUCUGCGGCGUCUCUCCGGGCUCCUCGGCUCUGCACCAUAUGGCACACCCAGGGUGGCAGGGACACAAAAAGUGAGCGCAGGAGAGGGAUGCGGAUAAUUAAAGCAUUGUCACGCAGCCCUGGAUUUGAUUAUGCCAGAAGGUCACCAAGUGUUGAAUCUGUUUACAGACAGCCAGGAUUAUUAAGGCAGGAGAGUCUUUACUGCUACAGUUCACACGUUCAUAGUUACGCGGAUGCUCUUGUCUCCUGUUCCCCUACCCUGUCCCUCAGCCCUCAUCCACAUUUGUCUGCACUGUCCUUAAGCUUUUCUCAAGAGUGUUAAUGUUGACCCUCGAGUGUCACUGCCAUCAGCCUAUGUCGGUCAGUAUCCCCCCCCCCCCGAGGAAAUUUUCAACACUAUUUUCUUUUGUUUUUUCUUUAAAUGAGUACUAAAAGCAAAUUAGGUUUCAAGGCCACGACUUAUGCUGCAGUUAUAUAACAUGAUUGUUAUAUAACUGCAGAAAUCUGAUGUGAAAUGUUCACCCUCGGAUCAAAUAAGCAAAAAAAUUGUUAUUAGGUAAUCCUUUGUUGCGCAUCAACUUACCACUCAGUUAAUUUUUGGCAGCUGUAAUAAUAACUGGGGUUUCCUUUCAAAGUUUCGACAGUUAGGGCCUUCUCUCUCUCGAUUUCUCCUUCGUGUUUGAAUCUUCUGCACUCAGUCAGUGCAGAUAUCAGGACUCAUUUUCCUCCUUCAGAAGAAUCCAUUCGUCGUGUCAGGAUGAAAAACAGCUUUCAGGUUGAGAUAAUCCUUCACAGUGGAAAUGAAACUUUCAUUUUUUUUAAAUGUGAAGACAUGGAAAUCAGUUGGUGAGCUGCAAAAAAGCCUAGUCCAAAAUACAUAACUUUUACUGCAGUUGUCUUAUCAAGACAAUAAUCCAUCGUCAUGAGUAAUCCGCUUGCUGUAUCAUAUUUCUGUCAUAGCGGCAAACAAGAUGGUAUCGAGGAGCAGGUUGUAAACAGGUCUGAGACUGAGAUGAACAAAAUCCAAUGAGGCUAAAGGGCACCAAGGCAAGAAAUUGGAGAGGUACAUAGUCUAUAAUAAUGAAAUUGGCUCUUGUACCCAAAGAAAACAGCCUUGUCAUUUUCAUUUGUACAACUUUAGGAUAAGAGCAAAUGACUGCAAGUGCUGCAAAUGCAAGAGAUCCUGGAAAAGGCUUCAUUGCAAUCCAUAGGAUCUUCUCUAGGCAAGUUUUAAAAAAAAAGUAUUUUUCUGUAGAAAUCCUAGACUAUAAAGAAUACCAGAGGGAUUCAGUUUUAUUUAUAUUGCUCCAAGUCACAACAAGGCACUUUAUACUAUAAGAUAAAGAUCCUACAAUAAUGCAGAGGAACCUCAACAAUCAGGUGACCCCCAAUGAGCAAACACUUGGCAACAGUGGGAAGGAAAAACACCCAUAACAGCAAUAAACCUCGAGAAGAACCAGGCUCAGGGAGAGGCAGCCAUCUGCCCUGACCCCCAGAAGUCUAAACCUACUGCAGCAUAACUAAGGGAUGGUUCAGGGUCUAGGUCAUUAGUUUUGUUGGUGAGUUCUUCCACCUUUGCCAUCUUGGCUUUCUUUAAACUAUCAGUGAGGAGUGGAUCUGCCUGUAAUCGAAAGAUACUAUACAAUAAGUUCAUAUGGAAUCUUUUCAGUGACAAGGUAUUGUACCAAAACCCAGCAAUUAAAACCAUGAACUCAUCAAUAAAAUGUUCACUGAGCUGAAGGCUGUUUGCAAAGAGAUUUCUGUACAACCAUCAGGCGUGUUGCAACAAGAUGACCCACCCCUUGUUUGCCAUUAAAAAAAGAAUGCAGAAGCUGCAACCCAUUUGCAUAGCAAUAGGACAACUCAUGGUAAAAUUGGGACAUGUUACAAUUGUUAUAGUCUGCACUGGCUUUAAUAUAUAUAUAUCAAAAAAACAUUUUAUGUAAUUUAACUGGUAUUUAAAACAGUUUUAGGUAUGACCUCGCUUUUUGGAGUUGAGAGCAAUUAUUACAGCAUGUCCUCCUUAGCCACGAUGUCCUUGUAUCACCUCUCCUUACACUCUAAACACUCUAAUACCGAAAUUGUCAACUGUGGACAAAGUACACAUACAGAAGGGGAAAAAAAGAUGAUGUAAAUGUUUUCUGUACCCAUCAAAAACAAAAACAAAAUCAAAGGAAACAAAAGCAGAUAAUUGUACAAAGUUUCAGAUUGCUCUGUUGACUGAUUUGAUAUGAACUACGUCUACUAAAAACCACUGUUUGCAAACUGUGUGUAAGUGCGUUUACAUACUGACAAUGUGAUACAACUGCAGUUUUUUAAAAAUUCCCAUUGUGUUCAUGAAAAAUGUAUUCAUUUUAGUGGACUACGUUUCUUAUCUCGUGGGAUAGGCUCUGUUUUUGCUUGUAAAUACUGUGUAAAGGGGAAGGUCACUGUAAAGAAAGUAAGACUAUGAGGAUAAUUUUCACUACCACAGCUUCUUUGGAACUGAGCGUUGCAAGCUGAAUAUGAGAGAAGCAACAUUUCUAUUGUUUUUACUAUUUAUUUUUCUAUUCUUGCUCUAACCUGUUUAGUAUUGUAUCCGUCAUAGAUUCAUGUCUUUUCACUGUUUUAGGAUAACACAGUUUUGAUUAGCCUGUGUGUAUAUAUUCUGAUCUCUAAUCGGUGUCCCUUACUAAGAGUCGGCAGAGGUGGAAAUCAGACUCGGAAAUCAGAACUUGCAGAGAUAAGCGUCUUUUCUAAGCGCCAGGACAGGCUGCUCACUGCAUUCAUGAGCUUUUUUUUUUCUCCAACAUGUUUGUAUGAUCUGAAGUGAAACAUGACUUUAUGGGAAUCAGACAACAUAGAACUAUGUACACAUGUAAAGAAAAUCGAAAAUCUUGAAAAUGUUCUUGUUUCAGUUUCUGCUAAAAAAAAAAAAA